UGUCCCGCGCAGUUUGUGUGGCGGCGGCCGCGGGAACGCCAGCCGGCUGAUUUUACUACAGGGAAAAGCGAGGAUUCGAGGCUUGCGACUUGGGAGUGAGCGAGCGUCCGGCCCUGGCGGCUGUUCUGUGUUGCGGGAGGCUGCAUGGAGAGUGAACAGAAGCGGCAGCCGGGCGGCGAGGCCGGGGCUCCCGCGCCGCGGCAGUGCGAGGAGGCGCCGCGUCCGGACCGCGCGAAAAAGCAACCAUACAGGUGUGAUGGCCAGGAAACAAAAGGAUCUAAGUUCAUUACCUCCAAUGGAAGUGAUUUCAGUGACCCAGUUUACAAAGAGAUUGCUAUUACAAAUGGCUGUAUUAAUAGAAUGAGUAAAGAAGAACUAAGAGCUAAGCUUUCAGAAUUCAAACUUGAAACCAGAGGAGUAAAGGAUGUAUUAAAGAAGAGACUGAAAAACUAUUAUAAGAAGCAGAAGCUGAUGUUGAAAGAGAGUAACUGUGCUGACAGUUACUAUGACUACAUUUGUAUUAUUGACUUUGAAGCCACUUGUGAAGAGGGUAACCCACCUGAGUUUAUACAUGAGAUAAUUGAGUUUCCUGUUGUUUUAUUGAAUACACACACCUUAGAAAUAGAAGAUACAUUUCAGCAGUAUGUGAGACCAGAGAUUAACACACAACUUUCUGAUUUCUGCAUCAGUCUUACUGGAAUUACUCAGGAUCAGGUAGAUGGAGCUGAUACUUUCCCUGAGGUACUGAAAAAAGUAAUUGACUGGAUGAAAUUGAAGGAGUUAGGGACAAAAUAUAAAUACUGCAUACUAACAGAUGGUUCAUGGGAUAUGAGUAAGUUCUUGAACAUUCAGUGCCAACUCAGCAGACUCAAAUACCCUUCGUUUGCUAAAAAGUGGAUCAAUAUUCGAAAGUCGUAUGGAAACUUUUAUAAGAUGUUUGUUUUUCAGGUUCCUAGAAGCCAGACCAAACUGACAAUAAUGCUUGAAAAAUUAGGAAUGGAUUACGAUGGGCGGCCUCACAGUGGCCUUGAUGAUUCUAAGAACAUUGCCAGAAUAGCAGUUCGAAUGCUCCAGGAUGGAUGUGAACUCCGAAUCAAUGAGAAAAUGUAUUCUGGACAGCUGGCGAGUGUGUCGUCUUCCUUACCAGUAGAGGGCACUCCAGCUCCACAAAUGCCACAUUUUAGAAAGUAGUGGUUUUUUUUGUCUAUGGAUCAUCUUAACUGGAGUUGCUACAAGGGGGUAGCCCAUGAAUACUGAUCAAAUUAGUCCCGCAGCGCAAACUUCAAGCACCUUAAACAUUUAAAAUCUCAUUACAGUUGCGGAUGGAUAUUAUGUGUAUGUGGACAGAUUUUUGUCACCAGCACUUUUGAUAUGACAGGACAUGUUACAUAGUAACAGUUCUUGCUUAGAACUGAAUUUUAUAUUUUAAGGUGUCCCUGAUGAGCUCUUUUUAAUUUUAAAAUGCUUAAUUUUAUUGGUUGUUCCUUUAAAUGUCAUAGCUUUUUGAUGUUGAAAUAUAGAGUGUAUUUCUACAUUAUAUUAAAUCAUUUCUUAUUAAAAUGCAGAAAGAUUGAAAGGUAGGUCUUGUCAAUGGGUUUUAUGACCGUCGUAGUCUCUUUGAAUCAUGAAGUUUAUAUGUGUAGUUCAGCUGCAGACCUCCCUCCCUCAGGAUUCUCGGGGCACUGAUUCCAGGAUCCUGUGUAGACACCAAAAUCCCAGAGGCCCAAAGGUUUCACCUAAAGUAGGGUAGAAUUGCAUAUACCCUGCACACGUCGUCCUGUAAAAAUCAUCUCUGGGUAGUUAUAGUACCUUAGAAAAUGUAAAUACUAUGUGAAUAGUUUUAUGCUGUUACUUAGGGAAUAAUGAUAAGAAAAAGCGGUCUAUGUGUAGUCUGUAUAGACAGAAACAUUGUGCGCCUAGCCAUAAGCACACAAGCAGAUGCAAGUGAGCACUCAGGGAAGCCUGAGGAGCUGUGAAGCAGCAGGAGGCUCCAGCAGGAUGCGCUGCACAGCGCUACACUUCUGGGGGUUCAGCCUAGUGCUUGGCAUGUGGAAAAUUCAAGCCUUGUGUUUUGGAAUGUUUUUCCCCUAAAUAUUUCCAUUCUGCAGUUGGUUGAACCCAUAGAUAUAAAAGCCACAGAUAGGGAGGGCAACCUAUAUAUGGUUAAGUUCCGUAAAGUACAUGUCAUACACAUUUGCUUGUUUCUCUUCAACUCAUAAUUGGAAAAUUUAUGAGAUAGAUUGUAGGACCUGGCCCAGAUUUAUUACUGAUGAAAUUAAUGUGAAAUCAGAAGAAAAUACUCUUUAAAUGAACAUCACAAAGACUGUCAUUCAUAUGGUAUAAUACAUAAGUAAAUGGGGUUUUCUUUUUGGAUUUGGUUGUUUGGUUCCCCUCCCUCUUAUGACUUACAUCUGCUCUAAAUUUAAAUGUAAGCAAUGGUGCUUUGCAUCACCCAUUAGUUUUAUAUUUUUAUUCAGUAUUAUAAGGGAGAGGAAUAAAGUCAAGCCUUUCUAUCACAUGUUUUCAUGAUUAAAAGCUUCAUUGGCCAACAGUGGAGUUAGCCAUAAAAUAUUUGCUUUGAUUUUACAUACUGAAUGACCACUAAUUAUAAAAAAAAAAGAUGAUUUGAAGUUGAUAAAAGUUAUGUAGAAGCUAGAAAUGAAUACUUUUAGAAUUGAAUUUCCCCUAUAAAUUUUUUAUGGACCAAUUUUAUUGACAUUCUUUUAUGUUUGAUAGUUGUGACUUCAUAUUUUAGUGAUUUAUAUGUUUUAAUCCUGUGGGGUUUUUGAGACAAGGUCAUGCCCUAUAGUCCAUGCUGGCUUUGAACUCACUGCAUAGCCCAGGAUGGUCUUGAAACCAUGGCAGUCCUACCUCAUCCUCAGUGCUGGGAUUAAAGGCAUAGUGCCACACCUGGCUCUCGAGUGAUUUUCUUAAAUGGUUUCUACCCCAAUACAUAGGAGGAAAGUAGGAAAUCAGACAUUUUUGCUCUGCAAAAGGCUUAGGCCCCUCCUACCUCCCACUACUGGGGAUUCAGUUCAGGGGGCUUUACAUUGAACAACAU